AUGGCAGCGCCCACUCCAGAGGGUGGUGCAGGACCGUGUGGUCGUGAAAGCUCUACAGGGACGAAUCUUUCGGCUCCUCAUCGACCAACAGAAGCAUUGGUAAAUACUCGAUCUACUACGGAUGUGCUCGAGGUAGCACAGGGAGACCCAAAUGCGACAAGCAAGAGGCGCAAUCAUCGAGGUGGAAAGAAGAAGAAGAAGAAUCGCCGACAGUCAUUCUUGCCUGCAGCUGCAGAAGAAGAGGUGGACCCCGCGAGGUCAAGUCAAAAUCUACAUGAGCCUGCGAGCUCUACAACUCCAAGGCCACCUUUUUACAGGUUAGGUCAGUCCGGUGGGCGUAACUUGAGCGAGACCAGUCUUGACAGCAACGUGCUCUUAGAUCAUAGAGAUCACCCACCAAUGCGCCAACGUAGAGAAAGCCGAGUCAACCCAAGCGCCUUUGGGAGAACAGAAUCAAUGCAAUACAGGCCCAAUCAUCCCCAUCGACGUUCUUCAUACGAAGCUCAACAUGGGCGGCCAAGACAGAUCCGCGCACAUGACUCAUCAGGCGAUGAGAGCGAGGCCAAUCCUCCAGUGACAACAGAUCGCACUCCUCUAUUGACAUCAGCCAACGGUGGAGCUUCACCGUCGCACAGGUCCGGCUAUGGAUUGUCUUCGGCACAAGGGCAUGGUGGCCGUCGUGACUCCCAGCAGAGACGUAGUUCUGCGGCAACUUCCAGCUCGAGCAACCACCGAAGACGAGUACCGAGUCGCCAGGCUUCUCAUGAUAUCAACAACCCGCCCUCCGUCCCCAGCAGUCCUAAGCUGGGACCAGACAUGGGCUAUGAUGAUGUUAUGGUCACCGGUUCAUUCGCGCCUAGAUCUCCAGAAGACAGUCGUGGCCACAAUCACACCAAUGAUCAACUAAUUGACAUAGAUGGGGACGGCAACAAGGCGUAUGUCAACUCCUCUCCACCAAAAUCGAGGAAUGGCUCCUACGAGCAGCGACGCCAUACUAUUGCUGUACCGGCUGAAGAAGAUGUGUGCUUCCCUAUAGAAGGCAUGUCAACGAUAGGAGAGGAUGACUACAUGAACCAAGACCAGGGCUCGAACGAGCAGCAGGGACAACGGAGAAGAAGAGCUUUCCGGUGGCCAGAUUUGUCUGUACUCGACGAAUGGAGUCGCGAAGAGAAGGAGGAGCGGAGUGAGGGUAUCCGCGCAAAGAAGAUCAGCGAGCCGGUUCUUGUUGGCGGCAGGUUAAGGCCGCAAAAACACGGGUGGCAUCGCGCAGAAGAAGACGCUCCUUACAGAUUCACAUACUUCAAUGAAGAGUUCCCGAGCACGAUACACAGUCAAACUAUUUCCGAGCUUUUACAACCUGGUCAAGACUUCAGGGAGCUGUUCAUUCCAGAUCCACCAGAGUUGAGUGAUGAGUCCUCCGAUGAAGAAGACGUGACGAGCCAUCAAGGCACUUCGAAUGGCCGAGACGAAAUGAGUCCUAACACCCAAUCACGGCUAGGAACAAGGCAUUCGUCGAGUAUCGGAGAAACUAAAGUGCAAUCUCCAGAGCAUUCAGGUGAUGCUACUCCUUCACAAUCCAACGUACCUUUGCGAGGUGAAAAACCAAAGCGGCAUGGCGAAAGACCAACUUUCUGGCUUGACGUGCUUUGCCCCACAGAGACGGAGAUGAGGGUCAUUGCAAAGACGUUUGGAAUUCACCCCCUCACGGCCGAGGAUAUCUUGGUGCAAGAAGCCCGCGAGAAGGUUGAGCUAUUCAGGAAUUACUACUUCGUCAAUUACCGUACUUUCGAGCAAGACACGAGUAGCGAAGACUACCUCGAGCCAGUCAACAUGUAUGUGGUUGUCUUCCGUGAGGGCGUCAUCAGCUUCCAUUUCUCCAUGACUCCACAUCCUGCAAACGUGCGUCGACGCAUCCGCCAAUUGAAGGAAUACGUAAUCAUGAGCUCUGAUUGGAUCUCAUACGCCCUCAUCGACGACAUUACAGACGUUUUCGCGCCACUCAUCCAAGCAAUUGAGGAAGAAGUUGAUGAUAUCGACGAUUCUAUCCUGAAGCUGCACUCUGGAAGCAAAGAAGAACAGAACGAAAAGGUUAAAGCAUCGAAGAGCGAAGAUGGAAAAUCAGAAUCUGGAGAGCAAUCUUCUGGCGGUGACAUGCUUAGACGCGUUGGUGAGGGCAGGAAGAAAGUUAUGCUGCUGUAUCGUCUCUUAGGCAACAAAGCAGAUGUCAUCAAGGGCUUUGCCAAGAGAUGCAAUGAGCGUUGGGAAAUUGCACCAAGAAGUGACAUCGGGCUGUACCUGGGUGACAUCCAGGAUCACAUCCUAACGAUGACCAGUAACCUCAGCCAUUACGAGACGCUACUUUCUCGAGCCCACUCGAAUUACCUCGCUCAGAUCAACAUUCGUAUGAACGAGCGCCAGGAGCAGACUGCUGACGUCUUGGGAAAGUUGACCGUCCUCGGUACAAUCGUCUUGCCUAUGAAUAUUGUGACUGGUAUGUGGGGGAUGAACGUGAUGGUACCUGGGCAGGAUGCCGACAAUUUAGUAUGGUUUUGGUCAAUCACUGCUGGUUUGUUGGUCUUUGGAACCUCAUGCUUCUUCAUUGCGAAGAGAGUGUACGGUAUCGUCUGA